AUGGAUUACUUUGAUUCACGAGCGAAUGUUAGCUCCGAUAAUGUCCUGCCUGGGCUGUACGUUGGCAACUAUCGGGACUCCAAGGACCCCGUGCAGCUCGACAAAUACAAGAUUACCCACAUUCUAUCCAUACACGACGCCGCCAGAAGACUGCAUUCCGAUAAACAUUAUCUUUGUAUAAUGGCGUCGGACUCACCAGACCAGAAUCUCACGCAAUACUUCAGUUUGUGUAAUGAUUUCAUACACGCUGCGAGACUUAGGGAAGGAAAUGUCCUCAUACAUUGUUUAGCUGGUAUGUCUCGCAGCGUGACAGUCGCAGUGGCAUAUAUAAUGUCGGUGACACCCCUGACGUGGCGCGAAGCACUCAAAGUGGUGCGUGCGGGCCGCGCUGUCGCCAAUCCUAACCUCGGCUUCCAGAGACAACUGCAGGAUUUCGAAACUUAUAAAUUAGUUGAGGAGAGGCGACGUCUCAAAGAGAGGUACCCAUCGCUUGCGUUAGCAGACAGCGAUCUGGCGGAGUGCCGUGUUAUGCUGGAUUCGUACCAGCUCAUGCUGCGGCAGAAGACCAUCUGCGAGGGCAAGUGCGCUAUGGGCCGGCAAUGUCCCACCGGCGUGUGCAGGACGGGGUCGAAGCGGCAGCCGCGUGCGCGCCGGCCAUCAGCCGCCGGGGGCGGGGAACAGGGCGCGGGCGCGGGGGGACUGAAACGGUCGCCCUCCACUCUCUCCACCACAUCCACGACCUCCGGCUACCGGCCGCGCUCCUCGCCAGCCGGACUCUACAGUUACACUGGACCUACAUCGAGACCGACCAGGUCGACCUCAGGUCUGAGCGUGACGCGGGUGAGGGACGCAGUCGGCGGGGGCUCCGCCAUGACAUGA